AUGAGCAGCAUUUCUCUCGCUGCGUCGACGUCUCAGAAUUUAUCGCUCUCACCGCUUCCUCUCACUGCCUUCCGUCUCCUCCAGGCCCUCUCGUCGACCGCCUCCGUCUCUUUCCGCGGGGCAGCCAUCUCCGCUCCGCGCCGAAUCUCCGCCGCGGGGACGGUCUCCUCCGCCGUUGCGGUGCCCGCGCAGGCUUCCGCCGCUUCCGCCGCCGACGCCGCCGACGGCGCCGCUCAAGGUGAGGGGACGCCAGGGGAGGUGCAGGAGGGGGUGCAGCGGGCACUGGCGGCAGUGAAGAACUCGCCAGCAGGCACGCCGCUGUCGUUGCUGCAGCGGCAGCUGGCAUCCGUACUCACGCCGUUCGCGGAUAGACUGGAUUCUCGAGCCUUGAGCAGCAUCAUGAAGCAACAAGAGGCGGACUGGCGUGUCGUGCUGGCGCUCUACGAUUGGAUGGCAGGGCAGGGCAUUCCGCGCAGCAUCCACGUGUACACGGUGGUGCUCUCGUGCCUGGGGCGGACGGCGCAGUGGAAGCACCUGCAAUCCGUCUUGGACGAUAUGGCGAGACUAGGAGUGCCCAUGGACGAGUACGUGUACAACACGCUCAUAGUCGCCUACUCCAAUGCUGAAUGCUCACCUCUCUCCCACCAUGGCACGCCCCGCUCUCCCUGCUUCUCUGUCUUCCGCUCUUUCAAAUAA